AUGUCCAAUCUUCCUACUGGUAAUUACGUUGAAGCUGUACGAUCGUCGUGCCGUGCUCUUGUCGAUCAAAGCCCGGUCAAGGUGUCCUCUUCUGGUGUCGACCAAUUCUUGGAGAAGCUUGACAAGGCCCAAUAUGAAGAACUAUGCAUUGAUACACCUAUGCGAUUGCCUCUCAAGUUUGAGAGCAUCUCUGAGGAGCUCAACUUGAUUGCUUUGAUUGAUUUGCUCAACUUUGGCAGUGGUUAUCGAGUACCAUUGAAGCAGUAUACCGGUCGAGGUGCAUUUGACACGAUCCGCUUUGGUGUUAUGGGAUUCCACAUUGGUGGCGUUGAUAUGGAUGCAAAGACCUUCAAGGAGAUGAACAUUCUUCGUGUAUCCGAGCUAUUCGAUAUGCCUGUCACUCGUGAAGUCAAGGCGCCCAAUCUCGACUUUGUUACCAUGACUGAGCCUAAUGAACUUCGACCCUUGGCAGAAGGCAUUGUAUCCGUGCUCAAUAGCACUGGCGAGUUUUUGGCCAACAACAACUAUAAGGAUUUGGCAUCUUUCAUCCUCGACAUUACCAAGCCCAAGACGACAGCAGCUGCUGUAGUGGAGAAAUUGGUCAAGGCAUUGCCUGGAUUUCAAGAUGUUUACAGCAUCAACGACCAACCGGUGUAUGUGCUCAAGAAGGCCCAAUUGCUUGUUUAUCAUUUAUGGUUUGUCUUCCGUGAUCAAGAUCCUGAACGAUUCGACUUCCCCGAUAUCCACGAGUUGACCAUGUUUGCCGAUAAUGUGAUUCCCACGUUGUUGAUCCAUAUGGGUGUGAUCGAGAUUCCUGAUGUAUGGAAGCAAGAGAUGAAAGAAGGCAAGGAUGUGGGUAUGGAACGUGCCACCAUCAUGCGUGCUGCAUCCCUUGUUGCUGGCGAAGAGAUCACCAAAAAGUCAAAUGGUCUCAUCAAGAGCGAAGGUGAUUUGGAUGUCUACUUGUGGCGUCUUGGCAAGGUUGGUGACUAUCGCAAGAUUGAACGUAUGGCCUGGAGAGAUACCGUCAUGUUUUGA